UUUGCGCACACGUUCCGAUUUGAAUUCGACGAUGGGUUAGUUAGGGAAAGUUUACGCGGUUUUCUGUCACGAUUCUUUAGGUUCAGUCAUAUUUCUGAUGAUUUCGUACAAUUUUGUGUGACUUUUAUUAGCGAAUUGAGCAGGAUGGUGGAAAGUGAGACAAGAGAAACAUGUUUGAAGGCCAUAAAGGCCAUCAAGUUAAAAGGCGCAGCGUUUUCGGAGUUUACCCUAUUUCUCACCGUAUUACAAGAGCAAGCUGCCACAAGGGGAUUAGAUGACGAUAUUCUCAGUCAGCUCGUAGAUGUUCUACGUACAGAUUUCGCUGCAGUCAAACGAGUAUCGCUGAUAAAAUGUCUAAUUCCAAGGUACAAACUGUCUGAGGAAAUAGUGAAGUCUGUGAUCAGCUGGUGCCUUGCUUCAUUGGAUAAAUUGCCAUUAACCGUUUGUAUAAUUGUUAUACAAUGGAUCAUAGGUGUAUGGGAUUACGAAUUAGUGGAUAGAAAAGUAAUCAACAUAUAUUAUGAUGUCUUUUUCUAUGUUAUGCUCAAGAAACAGAAACUGGAACGCCAUAUAGCACGUCUUAUCUACGUACUGACAAGACCAGAAGAUGUUUCUCGCAGAGAUGUCUCGAGAUUGUUGGUACUUCAGAAAAAUUACUCAAAACCUCCAACAUACAUUACUGCAUUACUUUCCUUAUUUAAAUCAUAUAAGCCAGAAUUGGUACCUGAAAAAAUACAAUCAGUGAAUAUAGAAAAUGUGUGGAAACCUAUUCCUGAAUUUGUACGAUUGGCAAUGGAAGAUGCCAGAGAUCGUGCGGAAAUUCAACAAUCUCGUCAAAGCAUUCGAACUCAUUUCGAUUGGAACGUAAUGCAGAAUAUAAAAGUUCAAAAGAGAAAUAAGGCGCUUCUACCAUCUGUUGGUUAUUUUCACAUUGGUUCAAGUAUUUUUAAAGAUAAAGAUGCAAAAUCGAUUUUUGAUAUAAGUAGUAUAGAAGAAUUAGGAAAAUAUCAUCAGAAUGUUGAAUUGCCGUGUAAUGCUGUUUCACUUUUGGCAAAUAUGGUUGGUUACCAUCUCCUCACAUACGCAGAUUUUCAGUACCAAAGUAGAUUUUCGUACAAUCUUUACAAUACGCUUACAAGAGCAUUUAUACUGGAAAAUGGAAAGUUUUCUAAGGUGGAAAUGGAUAAACUUUUAACUAUGACGGGCGAAUCUUCUCGGUAUAUGCAGGAAGGAAUACUUAUAGUUAAACUGUUUUUCGAUGAAUAUUUAUAUUACAAUUCAGGAGAGCACCUGUUGAAUUUACUUGAUUUAUUGCAAUGGAUGACUUCUAUAUCAGUAACUGAGUUACGAGAAAAUAUUCUGAUACAUGUGCAAAAUAUGUUUUAUGAAUCAAGUUUAAAUGUGAAGUGUGAAAUAAUUAAAUCUCUGCGAAAACUAAUUACGAACUUGUUUGUAAGACAAGGACUUGAAGAACAGGGUCAAUAUGCAUCAUCCUUCUUGCGACAAGGUCCGCUAGAAGAUUUAGCAGAAAUCAUACUUGUGCUUACAAUGACAUUAGAAAAUCUUAUUGUUUGUGGAUUGAACAUACACAAUUAUAAUAUUAUAUUGUUAUCAGAGGUUUUAGCAUUUUAUGAAGAGAUCUGUACAUUAGAGAGCCGUAGUUAUGUAUUAUCUUGGACAUUGCCGCCACCAGCAGUCAUCUAUGGAGCAUUUAUUACGAAGAGUUGUGCCAUCUUGUCGAGAAUUUGUAGAUUACUAUUAAGAUACCGCAAAAUGAGUCCACAUUUACAUCAGAUUAUGCCAUCAAAUCUCUAUAAAGAAAAAGUUCGCAUUAUAUCUAUUUAUGCAAAUGAUAUUUAUGAAGCAUUAUGGUAUGAUGAGUCUUUCAGUAACCGACAGAAUGGUGAACUUCUGAAAAGUCUUUCAAAAAGAAUAAUUGACGAUUUAGGAGAUUGUAAUUUGGAUACUUUAUUGAAUAUUAGCAAUCAUUAUGCCAUAUUAUCCUAUAGAUGCACGAUAAAUAAAAUGGGCCUAAAAAUAAAUACAAAAGAGGAUGCCAAGACUAUGGCUUUUUAUUAUUACCCUGCAGUAAGUAUAUUUCUCGCAGCAUUUGAUGAAUGAUAUAUCUUAAAACUUAAAAAAGAAAAGAUAUAUAAUAUUUUUUAUAUGUGCGUACAUUUGUCAAUAGCAAAUUAAUUAGCAAAGUAAAUGUAAGGGAUUAAAGAAUAAUAUUAUUGAGAACUUA